ACACACAGCUGAAAGCUCUCAACUGAUACUCAAAAAAUCGAAGGAGCUUCCAAUUCCAAAUGUGGUGUAACACGUGGCUUAGUCUGAUUGGCGAAACCGAGUAGUAUUUAGGGCACUGCGCAUUCUUCAACGCACCACCAAACCCAAUACUUGAGUCUCUUUGUUUACAAGUAGCAUCAAUUUCGCGCUCUAAUAAGGUCUCUCCGAGUCCGGGUACGGAAUUUCAAAAACCCUUGUUUAUUGGGUUGGGGACGAACGAAGAUGAACGAGUCUUCGCGCAGAGAUCUACAAGUCUUCGAUUUCAAUGAAGAGGAUGAAACUAACACCGACAAAUACAUUUCCAACAAAUUCAACAAAAUCCCUAAUCACGAUUCUCUCGCUCACGAUGUCCAGAUCAAUGAGGUUGGUGUCAAGAAUGUCGCCAGUAUUCCUUGUGGUGAUGUUGAUGUAGUUGGUGGUAUUUUAAAUUUGGAAACAGAUUGUUCAAACCCCUCUUUCAAAACAAUGGAAGAUACAUUUGAUAGCAAAGAGAAGAAUUCUGAGUUAGGAGCUGACAGACAAUCAAAUUCCAUUAGUCUUGAAAACCACUGUCGUUAUAAAAUAAAUGUUGAUUACGAUGACCAGUCAGAGAAAAGGGAUACAAGUGGCGAUGCAUCUACGCUUGAGACGAGUCAGAUUGGUCCUUCAGGAUCUCCAUCCAGUAAAGAAUCAGUUGAUCUAAGUUCUGAGGAUGAUGAUUGCAUGAAUUAUGAGAGUGUUCCAACAAGUGCUGCUUCUGAUAAUGCAGAGAAUGACAUAUUUCACCUUUCAUUGAAUGGUUUUGGAUUGGAUGGUGCUCACAAUUCUGACACGGAUGACACGAACACCGAAGUUGUUCUCCGUCCUGAUUAUUUAAUUUACCAGGAUAAUUAUUAUAUGGGGCCAAUGUUAACUUUUUCACAUCAUUGCAUCAAGAUCAACGUUUCAACUGCAUGUAGGAAGCAAGGGGCCUUUGAUCUUGAAUGGACACUUGAUGAUCUCAUUGAUAUUAAGUGUCAGUUUUUUCAAAGUAGUGGAACAGUCAUCAUAAAGAUUAAUGUAAUAUCAAGGAAUGCAAAUCAGUUAGAUGAUGUAAGCGACACUUCAGGCAUUGAGGAAUUGGAGAUUGCGGUUGUUGAUUUCAAUUGGUCCCUAAGACAUGAACAGAUCACAUCUCUUAAUGUGAAAUACUUGGCUAUUUGGAACAUCUUUCCUAAUUUGAAUGUAGAAGAGAACGAAACAAAAUCAGGUGGAUCAAGGGGCUACUUUCCUAAUUUCGAGGAGCCUUUUGAUGAAGUCAUCUAUCCUGAAGGAGAUCCGGAUGCUGUUUCUGUAAGCAAGAGAGACUUUGAUCUACUACAACCAGACACAUUCAUUAAUGACACAAUAAUUGACUUUUACAUCCAGUAUCUGAAGAAUCAGAUACAAGAGGAGGAAAAGCCUAGAUUUCAUUUUUUUAAUAGUUUUUUCUUUCGAAAGCUGGCUGAUUUGGACAAAAAUCCAUCUAGUGCUUCGGAUGGAAAAGCAGCAUUUCUACGUGUUCGUAAAUGGACUAGAAAAGUAAAUUUAUUUGAAAAGGACUAUAUCUUCAUUCCUGUGAACUUCAAUCUUCAUUGGAGUUUAAUAGUCAUAUGUCAUCCUGGUGAAGUGGUUAAGUUUAACGGUAAGGUCUCUGUUUGUGAUAUUUAUUAUGGAACUAUAUCGUCAAAGGUUUAUGUUAUGAAUUAUAUACAUAUUUCAGAUAAAGAGUUGGACAACUCACUCAAGGUACCCUGUAUAUUGCAUAUGGAUUCUAUAAAAGGAAGCCAUAGCGGUCUGAAAAACCUGGUGCAGAGUUACCUGUGGGAAGAAUGGAAAGAGAGACAUAAAGAUGCAUUGGAAGAAGACCUUUCAGCAUUAUUUUCAAAUUUCCGUUUUCUCCCUCUUGCGUUGCCACAGCAAGAAAACUCAUACGACUGUGGUCUCUUUCUGCUGCACUACCUGGAGCUCUUCCUUGCUGAAGCUCCUCUUACUUUCAACCCAUUCAAAUUAACUAAGUUAUCCAAUUUCCUCAAUGUGAACUGGUUUCUGCCUGCCGAAGCUUAUCUCAAGCGAACACUGAUCCAGAAGUUGAUCUUUGAACUCGUGGAAAACCAUGGUUCACAUGCAAUCUCGUCCUCUGACUGUAGUGAUGACCACCGAUACAUUGAAAAUAAUGAGAAUGGAACUGGCAUUGAGCAUCCUGAAGUUCAUAGGUUGUUCAAAACUUCCCGUGCUGGGCAGGGAAUAGAAAUUACUCUACUGUCCGGAUCGUCUUUGGAUCCUCAAUCCUUAAAUAACUCAGGCAUGGUUCUUAAGGAUCUUUUCGACCCAGGUGCUGCGUCAGGAAACAACUUGGCACAGUGCCAAUCUUUAGACCAUCGUUCAUCUGAUUAUCAUUUCAAUAGUUCGAUAUUUACGAUGGAGGAAAACUCAGAUCUUGGUGAGCAAUUUAUGUAUUUGGCCACAGAUACCAACUUCCCGCAAGUGGCUGGAGUUACACCUCAAGCAUGUUCUUUGCCUUUCCUUCCCAAAGAUUGUAGAAAUGGGACUAAUCACAGACCAGAAAUCUCUUUGCAAGAGGCCGAGUUGUCUCCAAGUAGUGCGUCUGAUGAUACAGAAGACAUAUUGGUCACUGAAAACUGUCCUCACAAUGGGAAUGAACCAGCAGCAUCUAAUGAGGCAGAACAAGGUGAAAAAAAUUGUUCACCCAUGGAAAAUACUGAGCAAUUUAUAGAUAAUUCUAGUUCUGCUUGCAACAAUUUGUCAAUUCCCUCGGUCGUGGGAAUUUCUCAGGACUCCAUUAUGGAGUGUGAUGGCUACAAGAAUGGAGAUAUUCACUCUAACUGUCAGGAAACUCCCACAGAAACAUUGCAUCGAGUUUCUGAUGCAGUAGAUGAGGAGGACGCAUGUGAUGAUUGUCAGAUGAUCGAUGGCAUGGCACCUAAUAUUUGUGAGGAACAAGCUGCAAAGAGGAGGCGACUUAUGCCUCUGCAAUGCAUAAGUGAGGGAAAUGAGACAGAAUCUAAUAUGUAGAUAUUGGUGGAUUACGACUUCUUUUACCUUUGUUUUACAAUUGUUCACGUUUUACUCUGCUAAUAUGUGCAUAUCGUUGGUACUUGGUAGUAACGUUUAUUUUAAUGACGUUCUGCGAUCUAGGUUGGGAAAAUAUCUGCUAUUUUAGAUACUACAAUUUUAGUACAUCAAUAGUAGUCUUAUUUUUUUUGAUGAAAA